CCUCACCUAACCAGAGCGGGGAUUUUCUUGGCCCCUCCUGCUGGCUUUUCAAGGAAAGUGAAAGUGAAAGGGGGAAGAGAAGGCUUCGGGGCUGAGGAAAUAACGGCGCCAUGAAGCCCCAGUCCUUGCUUCUCGCUAUGACUUUGGGCCUGUCGGUCACCGUCUCAGCGGGCCCCACAGUGAUAGAGUGCUGGUUGGUGGAGGAUGUGGGCCAGGGCCGCCUGGCCAAGAGACCCGCUGCACUGCUGCUGCGCCAGGGCCCGGGGAGCCCACCUCCUCGGCCGGACUUAGAUCCCGAACUCUACCUCAAAGUGCAUGAUGGUGCGGGAUCCCUCCAGGCGGCCUUCAGGCGGUAUCCCCCGGACGUCUCUGUGCCACACUGCGAGAUGAGCCACUACGUCCCGCUCCCCGCCUCCGCGAAUUGGGCCAGCGGCCUGACCCCGGAGCAGAGCUGCCCACGGGCCCUGGACGGGACUUGGUUCAUGGUCAGCAUGUCCAGCCCAGUCCUCAGCCUCUCCAGCCUCCUGCAGAUACAGCCGAAGCCUCAGCCCGAGCCUGCUUUCAUCACCAUGGCAACAGUUGUUUUGACUGUCCUCACCCAUACCCACACUCCUCGAAUUCAACUAGGACAAGAUGCGCUACUGGACUUGAGCUUUGCCUACAUGCCUCCCACCUCCAAGGCCACAUCUCUGGCCCCAGGUCCCCCUCCCUUUGGGCUGGAGUGGCGACGCCAGUACCUGGGUAAGGGGCACCUGCUCCUGGCUGCAACUCCUGGGCUGAGUGGGCAAAUGCCAACUGCCCGAGAGGGGGCAGUGGCAUUUGCUGCUUGGGAUGAUGAUGAACCGUGGGGUCCGUGGACCGGAAAUGGGACCCUCUGGCUGCCUGCAGUGAGGCCUUUCCAAGAGGGCGUCUAUCUGGCCACUAUACACCUGCCAUACCUGCAAGGGCAGGCCACUGUGAAACUUGCUGUGCAGAAGUCCCCCAAAGUGUCCUUGAUGCCAGCACCCCUUGUAUGGGCUGCCCCUGGGGAGGCACCCCCAGAGUUGCUGUGCCUGGUGUCCCACUUCUACCCCUCUGAGGGCUUGGAGGUGGAGUGGGAGCUCUGGGGUGGCCCUGAGGGCAGCUUUCAGAAGGCCGAGGGGCAGAGGUGGCUCUCCUCCUUGCGUCACCACUCUGAUGGCUCUGUCAGCAUCUCAGGGCACCUGCAGCCACUCCCUGUCACCGCCAAGCAUCAUGGGAUGCGCUACGCCUGUCGUGUCCACCACCCCAGCCUGCCCGCCUCAGGGCGCAGCGCCAAAGUCACCCUAGAGCUGGCAGGUCUUUCUGGACCCUCUCUGGAGGAUGGUGUUAGCAUCUUCCUGUCUGCCUUUUUCCUCCUUGGGUUCAUCAAGAUGUUGGGCUGGGUCGUUGCCUACCAGUCCACUUCCAAGGAUUCAAAGGAGAAGGAAACACAGUGAGGACACCCACCACCAUCAUGGGGAAGCCACUGUCAUCUCAGAUCUAAGCUACUGUAGUAGCUCCCCCAAACACCACUGUCAUCAUCUGCUCCUGUUCCCUUCAAUCUCAAUCUCUCUCCACUGAGUGAUUGGAAUGUUUUUUUAAAACACAAAUCUAUUGCUUUCACCUUCUCAGAGCUGUAGGGUAGUGGUUCUCAAAAAUUUUGGUCUCAGGACCUCUUAAAAAUUGUCAGGGACUCUAGAGAACUUUUGCUUAUGUGGGUUAUGAACUGUACAUAUUUAUUAUACUCUUACUUAAAACUGAGAAAAAUUUAAACGACAAGCAUACACAAAACAUAGAUCCCAUUAGCUGUGAUGACAAUGUCAAUACACUUCAUGAAGCUUCUGGAAAACGCCACUAUACAUUUUUUAGAGAAUGAGCAUGAAAAAGUCAAA